CGAAGCGCGAGAGCAAUGGCGUCGCUGUCGUGCGCCUCCACGCUGCCCUGGACCCCCGCCUCCUCCCCGCGGCCCUCGGCGGACCGCCGCCUCACGGCCUCUCGCCGGGCUCCGUCGCUGGUCAUCGUCGCCCAGGGGAAGGUGAAGAAACACCCUCAGGUCAUAUUGACAGAUGACAUAGAAGAGGUGGGGAAGAAAGGGGAUACAAUGAAGGUGCGAGCUGGAUUCUACCGCAACUCCUUGCUUCCCAAGGGCAAGGCUGCGCUUCUAACCCCAGCAGUCCACAAGCAAAAUACAAUAGUGGCAUCUGAGAAUGAAAAUCCACCUUUAAUGCCGGCAAUCAUGACUCCUGGUGGUGCGCUUGAUCUCGCAACUGUACUACUGGGAAAUCGUAUAAUCUUCAUUGGCCAAUAUAUUAACUCCCAGGUGGCCCAACGUGUGAUAUCACAGCUUGUAACACUUGCUGCCAUCGAUGAAGAGGCUGAUAUUCUGAUAUAUCUUAACUGCCCUGGUGGAAGUCUCUAUUCGAUCUUAGCGAUUUAUGAUUGCAUGUCCUGGAUAAAGCCCAAAGUUGGGACAGUGUGCUUUGGUGUUGUUGCUAGUCAAGCAGCAAUUAUCCUUGCAGGUGGCGAGAAGGGAAUGCGCUAUGCAAUGCCAAAUGCUAGAGUAAUGAUUCAUCAACCUCAAGGUGGAUCUGAGGGUAAUGUGGAGGAGGUGAGGCGACAGGUUGGAGAAACCAUCUAUGCUCGUGAUAAAGUUGAUAAAAUGUUUGCUGCUUUCACCGGGCAACCACUUGACAUGGUGCAGCAGUGGACAGAGAGGGAUCGGUUCAUGUCUUCUUCAGAGGCCAUGGAUUUCGGAUUGCUUGAUGCUUUACUGGAAACAAGAUACUAGAGAAGGGACACAACCCACAUUCUAUUAGCAGACUAGAAAUACUGCAGAACUGGAGCCAAAGUUAGAUGCUUGCCGUCCAUCUCGAUUAAAGCCCUGGAAUGACAGAUGUUUACCGAAGAACAAGAUUUGCUUCCAUUGCAUUUAUGGUUGUACCAUUCACCAGCUUAUGGUGGCACGUAGGAUGGCAUUGUCAUGCACUCAUGCUAAAACGAUGAAGACUGUUUAAUGUAGACCUAGAUGAUCUUUGCGGAUGGGAGAAAAGUGCCAGUUUGCAAACUUAUAGCCCAGGAAAGGAGAAGUGGUUUAAGAAAUCGUUUGGAUUCAACAUAUUGGAUUUAUGGUGAGACCGUCACAUGAUUUUUAUUUGUAUGUGGGCAACUACUCGUGUUAGCGUUCAGGAAAACUCAUACAUUCGGAUGUUGCAAAUACGUCUUCAAGGAUUUUGAUAAGGGCCCCGUUUGGUUUGGAUACUUUGAAUUGAAUUUUAUUCUAAUAAUCAUAAUUUGGACACAGAUCAAUUAAGCUGGUAUGUUUUUUUUUAUAAAUAUAUCUGUAUACUAUUGUUGGCCGACGUAUCAUAACUCUAUAUGUUGCAUCCCUUGAU